CGCCCUAACUCUUCACUUAUUUCCACCAGCUCUACACAUCCCACACUGUUAUCUCAGGGAGGGAAGACACGCUCAUAUCUCAGCGAGACAAACAGCAGCCUGGACUUGUCCUCUGCACAGGGAAGAGCUGCUGGUCAGGUGCAGCCAGGAGAACAUGGCAUGUCACACCAGCAGCAGAGUGGAGCCCUGUGUUGUCAUGUAGCCCUGCGUCCCCUGUCACGAAUCUGGAGCUGAUAACAUGUCUUCUGUGAUGGGACCUGAGGAGAUGGAAUAGACAGCAGGACUCUUGCGGGUGUAAAGCUGCAUCCUAUGCCCCUUCUAUGUAUCACUGACCAUGGAGGUUCUUCUGUCACUGGUGACCCUCUUGGUGGCUUCUGCACUGGCUACAGGGAUUAACACCAUGGCUACAAUAGCAUCUCAGCGAGAAAAAGCUUGUAAUCCUAGGAUGGGCAAUUUAGCGAUUGGCCGGCGUAUAUGGACGGACACAGUCUGCGGCUCUAAUAGCACAGAACUAUAUUGCACAUAUACUGACUAUCCAGACCAAACUUGCAAGGAACCAAAGUGUGACAAAUGCAGUGCUGCAGUUCCCCGGCUAUCACAUCCAGCAUCUGCGAUGGCGGAUUCAACGUUCAAAAUUCCACGCACGUGGUGGCAGUCAGCCCGCGAUGUCCAGAGGGAAAUUCUACAGUUAAAUCUAGAAACUACAUUUUACUUCACUCAUCUGAUUAUGGUAUUUAAAUCCCCCCGACCUGCAGCCAUGAUUCUAGAGGGUUCACAGGAUUUUGGCCUCAGUUGGCGUCCAUAUAAAUAUUUCUCCACAAACUGCACCCAGAGUUUUCAGCUGGAGGAUGAUGUUAAUGUGAAAGGUGCCCUCUGCACAUCUCGCUACUCGCAAGCCGUUCCAUGUAGCGGAGGGGAGGUUAUUUACAGAACAAUGUCACCACCUUAUUCAGCUGUGGAUCCCUAUAGUGAAAAGGCUCAGGACCAGCUGAAGAUCACUAACCUACGUGUACAGCUGCUGAAGCAACAAAGAUGCCCAUGUGUGAAUAAGAGUUUGGAUGUCAAGCCGCAGUCCCUAGCACACUAUGCUGUAUACGACUUCAUUGUGAAAGGAAGCUGCUUUUGCAACGGACAUGCAGAUCACUGUGUUCCAACAGAUGGAUUCCGACAAGUCCGGACAACCAGCAAACUCCAGGUGGUCCAUGGUAAUUGUGUUUGUAAGCACAAUACAGCAGGACCUCAUUGUGAGCAGUGUGCACCUCUUUAUAAUGACCAGCCCUGGAAAGCAGCAAAUGGGAAAACUGGGGAACCGAACAUGUGUGAAAAGUGCAAAUGUAAUGGUCAUGCCGACAGCUGUCAUUUUAACAUGGAUGUGUGGCUGGCAUCAGGCAACCGAAGUGGAGGGGUAUGUGACAACUGCCAGCACAACACAGAAGGGAUACACUGCCAGAGAUGUAAGCCAGGGUUCUUUCGAGAUUUAAAGAUCCCAUUCUCCGCACCAGAGGCCUGCAAAGCAUGUUCCUGUCACCCAGUUGGAUCAGCAAAACUAUUAUGCGAUCCCCAAAAUGGAAACUGUCCUUGCAAGCCUGGCUUAGCUGGCCCUACUUGUGACCAAUGUAUGGUUGGAUAUUGGGGAUUUGGUGAAUAUGGUUGUAGACCAUGUGCUUGUGCUGGAAACUGUGAUUCCUUAACAGGAGACUGUAUCAACAACUUGGAAAUAGACUGGUAUCAUGGUCCCGAUUACCUUUCAAAUGAACAGGGAUUUUCGGCUCUUCGUCAUUCAGGAAAAUGUGAGUGCAAGGAUCAAGUUUUAGAAAAUCCAAAAGUAUUCUGUGUCAUGAGAUAUUCCUAUGUCCUUAAGGUAAAGAUACUGUCAGCACAUGAUAGGGGGUCCCAUGCUGAAGUGAAUGUGAAAAUUAAGAAGGUUUUGAAAAUGACGAAAUUGAAGAUUCGACGUGGAAAGAGAACAUUGUACCCGGAAUCCUGGACAAAUCGGGGCUGUACCUGCCCCAUCUUAAACCCUGGUCUAGAAUAUCUCGUGGCUGGAUAUGAAGAUGUGCGUACAGGUCGUCUCAUUGUGAACAUGAAAAGUUUUGUCCAGCCGUGGAAACCAUCUCUUGGCAAGAAAGUAAUAGAGAUACUAAGAACAGACUGCAUUUGAGACAAAACAAGGCAAAUAAAGACGUAAUAAAGUGUAUUUAUUGACCAGUUUAGUGAAACCCGCACAUAAAGAUACUGCACAGCAACACCAUGCUCCUGUCCUUUAGCUGUGUGUGAUACAGGAUGAUAUACAUAUGUUUUACAGCAAAAUGGUUCUCCACUUCUCUGGCAAAUUUGCAACCUAAUAGUGGGAAACUACACUUAAAAUGGAACUUUGCAGAUAGAUCCAGUUUGAGAGCAAGUGUGGAAACGUGUAAGCUUAAAGCUUCUACAAUCAGCAUACGUUUUAUUUAAUUAAAGGUACGAAAGGAAACUUGGACUUUGCAUUGAGGUAGUGUUCCGUGCAGCCUCCUGAAAUGUACAUAGCAUUUUUAAGAAGCACUUUACUAAUUGUUCUUGCAUUUUUUUUUUUUAUAUUUGUUAAACAAGGCAAUUGUGUUUAGAGAGCUACAGAACUGAAAUGACACUAGUCACCUUAAAGCAGUUUUUGCCUUUUAUAUUGUUUUCUUCAGAUGUAUUUAUGUUUUAUAGUCAUUUCAUGUUACCAGAGAUAAAAUAAGACAAUGACUAUUAAAGCGGAUUUCCGGGAUUUACAUAUUGAUGGCCUAUCCUCAGGAUAGAUCAUCAAUAUCAGAUCAGCAGGGGUCCAACUUCCGGGACCCCCACCAAUCAGCUGUGCAAAGUAGACGUGGCACUCCACAAACGAUUAGGCCUCUUCCUAGGCCAUGUGACAUCACAUUCAUCGAUUGCAUUGCCUAGGCACAGCUAAGCCCAUUUAAGUGAAUGGGACUGAGCUGCGAUAGCAAGCACAGCCGCUAUCAAAUGGAUGGCACUGUGCUUGGUAAGCUGCAAGGAGGCUGCGGUGCUCACCCAAGGCCCAGUGAGUGCUGCAACUUCCUCAUUAGGGGUGCUAGGAGUCAGAACCCCGCUGUUCUUAUAUUGAUGACCUGUCCUAUGUAAAUACCAGAGAACCUCUUUAAUAUUGUGGAUUUUAUUCUUCAUUAAGCAGUGUUCAUUUCAAAGUUUGCUUGUAAAUGUGAAAGCUUAAUUUAAUUAGGCUUUUUUAAUGUAAAAGUAUAAGCAAAUCUCGCAAAGCUAGUUUGUUACAGUUAUUACACACUGAAUAAAAAUCACCCAUUACUGUCAGCCGUACAUAGACUGAGCCCUUUGUAAACUUUACAUUGUAACCUCUUCCAUGUGUUGGAUCAUCAAAUGCCAUCUUUACCUUUCUGGGGUCAAGAGUGCCCAGUGGACGUUCUGCCAUUCUCUGUAAGAGAGGAGGUUGAUAGAAGCCUCCCCAGGUAGUGUCCCAUAGCACCUGCAUGAGCUGCCUCUUUGGCACGUACACUCUUUACUAUGAGACACCUAAAUCAUGAUUUAGCGGCCAGAGUUACACACAGGCAGUUUGUAGCAUAGCAGCUACAAUUUUUUUUAAAUAGACUUUUAUUCAGGAAAAGUACAAGUAAGCUGUAGUCAAAAACCAUUACUAGUCAAAACAGUCAUUGCAUCAGUCAUUUCGAUUACAGCAUGUGAAAAAAACAUGUCAGAAUGAUAAGAAAAUACCAGUACUUUCCCCAAUUAUUUUUCACUUUUUCUCCCUUUCCCCCCCUCCCUAUCCCUCCCCCCUCCCUUCCUCUCCCCCCUCUAUGCCCUCCAAAAAACUGUCAUAUCCAACUCAUGAACCAAAUCAUUUUGAUCGUGCAAAAAUUUUGAGGAUAACUACCCUCAUAAUGCUAACAUCAGUGAGAACCUUUAUUAUCGUUGUCUUCUAUAUCUUCCCCCUAGAAGCGCCCCCCCCUCCCCCAAGCCCCCCUUCCCCUCCCUGCCCCCCCCACUUUUGUCCAUUUUGAACGUCUCGGCUGCUAGAACAUUCAUUGGUCAAUUCCAUAAGAUUACUCAUUUACAUCCUCACACCUUCAAUACACCCAAUCGACCCUUCAAAUCCUCCUGUAAAUACCAAGCUGUAAGUCUGAAAGGUCCCAUCAAUGUUGGGUAUUCUGAAUUGGCAAUGUACUGGACCAGAAAGCUCCUCCACACUUUAUACCAUUUUUUACCCAAUAUUUCUUUCCUGGUAGUCGCAUCCCUCCAUUCUAGAUUCAAUAUCUGUUUCAGUCGGUUCAGUAGCAUUUCGGCACUGGGGGCAGUCGCCAACAACCAACGCGUCAAUAUGCAGCGUUUUGCCUCUAACAGAAUCUUGUGAUCCAGAACGGACAAACCCCUCCACUCACUAUCCGUUCCAUCAUCAGAUGUUUCUUUUCCCUCAGCCUGGAAUAUGAUCAACUGAGGCGAUAAUUUGUUCCGGGUAUUACCCAGCUGUUUCAUAAUUGCAGACACCUGAGCCCAAAAUCCAGCUACGCUGGGACAUACCCAUAAACCAUGCAACAAGUCUGCUCCUGAUAGAUUACAUUUUGGGCAUGACGUUAUUCUAUCCGGCCUAGCUUGAGAGGGCGAAAAAGUAAAUCCAUAAAUCGCCCUGUGUAGAAUCUUGAAUUGCGUUUCCCUCAUCAUUUCGUUUGGUACUGCACGAUAUAGCGCCUGCAUACCUGCCCGAGCGAUGGGCUCUAAGUCCAUUAUUUCCAACUGUUUUUCCCAUUUCCUGAACAUGCCCGCUACCAGUUGAUCCUCCCAGGUUGCCCUAAGAACAUUAUAGAUUUCUGAAAUGGACAUCCUACACUUAUGACCCAGAAAGGCGUCAAACUUAUUCCUUUGCCCUUCUUUGGAGAUAUCCCUUAUAAUACUUUUCACAUAACUAUGAACUUGCCUAUAUGGGAAUUGUGCCGUUUUCUGCAGACCCCUCUUCUCUAUUAACUCCUCCAAUGAUGCCCAUCUGGUCUCUUUCUCGUGCAUCAGGUCCCCCAUCUUUAUAAUUCCCUUGCUCACCCACUCUUGGAAGGAUUUUUCGCUAUAGCCAGGAGGAAAGUUAGGGUUACCUCGUAUAGGAAGGUGUUUUGAGAACAGAUAGUACAGGCCAAAAAGCUUCCUCACAUUUUUCCAAGCAAUGAUUGUGUCCCUAAGAAUAAGGGACCUUCUUGCCACACAAGGGAGCCUCGACACCUGUGUGUGAAGGAGGGCUACUAGGUUCCAUGGAGCUGCCAACUGGCUCUCGACACCCAGAUUUGAGUAAAAUGAAGUCCCAUUUGCCCAGUCUAGUAUGUGUCUGCUAAGACACGCUAAAUUAUACCCCCUCAAGUCUGGGAAAUUAAGACCCCCCUGCUCCUUCUUAACCUUCAACUUUUUUAACGCUAUUCUUGCCUUCUUCCCUCUCCACAAGAAUCCGGUAAAUUUCUUCUCUAGGUCACUAACAUCUGCAUGUCGCAACAGGAUCGGUAUUGUCUGUAAAGGGUACAUUAACUUUGCCGCCCCCAUCAAGCAGCUACAAUUUUAAUGGUCAGUGUAGUCAACAGGAAUAUAUUGGGGGAGAUUUAUCCAAACACCUGUGAUAAGAGUAGUGUCCCCCAGCAGUCUCAUUCCACAUUUCAUUUUUAUGCCUUUUGUAAAAUAUGAUCAGUAACCUGAUUGGUGUCCAUAUACAACUACUACGCUUUUUAGUUGGACCAAUUUUGAUAAGUGUCAUACAACUUUCCAUGCAACUAUUGUUUGUAAAAUCUAUCAAUAAAAAGAUAAAAAGGCUAAAA